UGGGCCAUCAAAAAGACCCAAAUAUUUCAUCAUCUACCUUGAGCAACCCAGAAAUAUUCUCUCUCUUCCCUCUUUCACCACCUUUCUCUCUCCUAUUCUUCGGUUCUUCCUUUAUUUGGGUCGAUCAAUUGACAAUGGCGUUGAGUUUGCUCAGAACUCUGGCAAAAUCAACCGCUUUGCGCUCGAAUGCGAAGAGCUUCUGCAUCGUUAGCACUGAGGUCGUCACCUCCCACACUGAUAAAUGGAUGCAGGAUAAAAGCAAGAAGUCUCCAAUGGAGUUGAUCAACGAAGUACCUCCCAUUAAAGUGGAAGGCCGAAUAGUUGCUUGUGAAGGAGCUAAGAAUCCUUUGGGGCACCCGAUUGAGUACAUAUGUCUCGACCUGGACGCACCAGCAAUCUGCAAGUAUUGUGGCUUGCGCUACGUUCAAGAUCAUGGUCAUCAUCAUCAUUAGAAACUGUUUUACCAAUUUGUCUAUGUAAUUCCCCAAUCUGAAAACUGAGGGAAUAAUGUCAAUGUAGCUUACAUUUUUGUGCUUGCAUCCUUGUUUCCAUGUAAGUCUUGUGUGCUCCUUGCAUUUUGCUUCACAGAACGACAACGGUUUAAUCCAAUGGACAUAGUUGAUUCUUGAAAAUAAUGAACACACUUAAUUUCAUUUUUUUUAA